AUGAUAACCAGAGACUGGCAUGAUAUCGGGAAUGAGGCGACGGUUCAUGUGUGGGACGCGGUAGACCACAGGAUCUUAUCCCUCCUUCAGGGGGGUCAUAAGAGAGGCGUGUCAGCGGUAGACUUUUCCUCAGACGGGGAGCGCCUGGCAUCUUUAGGGCUCGACGACUACCACACACUCGUUGUUUGGAACUGGCGCAAGGGAUACAAGCUCGCCAACGCCAGAGGCCACAGCGACAAGGUCUUUGGGUUGAGGUUCAGCCCCUCCAACAGCCAUCGCUUAAUAACCUUCGGCGUGAAGCAUGUGAAGGUGUGGAACCAUGUCGGCGGCGGACUGACCCAUCGCCAGGUUUCGCUGGGCCGCAAAUUGAAACAGGAAACAGCUCUGUGCAGUGCAGUAGGAGGAGGCGAAGGGUCGGAGGAGUGGUGGGUGGUCGGCAUGUCGUCGGGCACCGUGCUAAUCAUCCGAGACCUUAAGGUGGAACGCGUAGUGAAGGCUCACAAGGCCCCUAUGUACGCAAUCCUAGUGACUAAUGAGAACAUCUGGACGGCGGGGCAAGGGGGCUACGUGUGCAAGUGGGACCGGGAAUUCACCAAGUGUCUGAAGGUGUUUCCAGUAAGCGACCACUUUCUGGCGGAGACCGCGGCGGUGGCCUUCACCUCCGCUCAGCCGGGCCUCCGCAGCCUCUCCGCCGCCCCGGGAACCAACUCGCCCAUCCUGGUGGCGACCCAACACGCUGAACUCCUUCUUAUGGACGAAGAAGGGCAGCUCAAUAUAAUCGUCCAGGGCCACGGCAAGGGCGAGGUAUGGGGUCUGGACACGCACCCUCAGCUGAUGGAGGCGGUGACGGUGGGCGACGACAACACCCUCCGUCGCUGGGGCUUGGAAGAGAACCUGGCUCUCGGCUCAGUCAGCCUGAGGAAGGCCGCGCGGUGCGUGCACUUCCAUCCCUCCGCCAUGUUUGUGGCCCUCGGCUAUCUUGACGGAAGCGUGGCCCUCUACCUGUACCCGAGCCUGGAGAAGCACGGCGGGGCCCAGCACCGCUCUGAGGGCAUCUCGGAAGUCAAGUUCUCUCCUGACGGUCGCUUCCUCGCCGUAGGAUCCCACGAGUGCCUUGUGGACCUGUACGUCGUAGACACGGACGGGGACACCGUGAGCAAGGAGGGGACGGGCUUGCGGAGGGUUGGGGUGUGCCGGGGAGCCUCGUCGUGGAUCACGCACCUCACCUGGCACAAGGACUCGAGGCUCAUUCAGGCCAAUACGGGGGCGGGCGAGCAACUCUUCUUCGAGGCUCCGCACGGCAACCGCCAGCUGAUACCAGACGCCACUAGUCGCUUCCUGGACUGGUCGACCCCACUUACCUGCGUCCUGGAUGAGACGGUCGAGGGAAUUUGGGCAAAGUCCAUGGACCUCACGGACAUAAACGCCAUCGCAACAGCCAACGACCUCCCUUUGGUGGUCACGGCAUGCGACGACGGAGGCCUCGUUAGAUUGUUUAGGUAUCCAUGCCGGGGCGGGUUCAAGAAGCACCGCCAGUACAAGGGCCACAGCGCCCACGUGACCAACGUCAGGUGGACCUACGACGACUCGAAGAUAGUGACGACUGGCGGCGCGGACACAGCCGUCAUCGUGUGGCAUGUGAGGAAGGUUGAAUUCACGGAGGACCAGAACGACGAGCAGAAGGACGGGGAGGAAUCGAUGAUGAAGCUGCCUGCUCAUGCAUUCAGUGAUUUGCCUGAAGAAGAGAUUACCAUGACGGAUUUAGAGGCAGCCGGACUGGAGGCGACGGCUGUGCUCACUCCCUCCACGGGUGUCCAUGACUCCGCGAAGGAUAGCAUCGGCAAGAAGGGCGGCCCGAAGCGCGCCCCAAGAACCGCGAAGGGCAUCAAGAAACACCUGGAGAGGCUGAGAUCCAUCCCGACCUUGACCGCGGAUGAUAAGACUGUGUUCUACUGCAACGAAUGCGUGGUGGGAAAGCUCGAGUUAGAAGGCGGUGAAAUCACGAGCCAGGGCAUAGGCUACAAAGAACACGAGACACACAUUACUACCUUGGCCAUAUCUAAGACCGAACCAGUUAUGGUUGCCACAGCGCAGUUAGCCGUGGAGAGCGAGGAGGGCGCGGCUGCCGACACCGAGGCCGCCCUCAUUCACGUGUGGCGGCCUCUCGACGGCGCCAACGUGGGGGUGCUGCGCGGAGGCCUCGAGAGUGUCGUCACCUCCCUUAGCUUCUCCCCGAGCGGCAGGUUCCUCGCCUCCCUCGCCGACGCCUCCGUUGUUCAUAUUUUCAGCUGGAUGAAAGGCGCCCAUAUCGCAUCCACUGAACUGAAGGUCGGGAUGGCGACGUCUCUGAUGCACAGCGGAGAGGCCACGUUGGCAGCGCUCACGCCCAGGGCCAUCCUGUUCCUCGAUCUCGUCGGGAACUCCCUCGUCACCACGCGCGGCCAGGCGCCCCCAGACUUCCUGCCGGAUGGGGCGGCGUUCAACGGCCUCGGGGUCUCGCCUAGCGGGCGCGUGUACGUGGGGACGAGCGACGGGAGUGUGGUGGAGUGGACGGGCCGCGUCGCCACCCGCUACGUCUCGCCGCCCGACGAUCCCCCGACGCUGGUUCCUGUCCGCUUGGCCAUCGCGGCCGGCCAGGGGGUCAUCUUCACGGCUUGCAGACUCGAAUCCGCCGUCGUGGUCCGAUGCUACACAACAGACACUCCCAAACUGACGUUCUUUUCGGAUUCGCUGAUUGAGGCUCCGUCCGAGGACUGGAUUCCUACUUCGGCUCGCCUCGGGGCAGAAAUCCUGAUCCUCGGCGCACGAAUGAAGCAACCUUUUAUUGUCCUCGACCUCAAAUCGGGAAAGUUCACCACGAUCGAGUACGGUUAAAUGGCGCAUGAUCCUUACUUGUGCUGCUUUCCCAAAUAAAAUUAUUCUGGGUUUUGGGAAGAUGCUUUUAAAUUUGAUACUGGGUUCAAUAAAGAUGCUUUUAAAUUUGAUACUGGGAUCAAUAAAGAUGCGUUUAAAUUUGAAUCUGAGGUCAAUAAAGAUGCUUUUAAAUUUGAUACUGGGAUCAAUAAAGAUGCGUUUAAAUUUGAUUCUGAGUUCAAUAAAGAUGCUUUCAAAUUUGAUACUGGGUUCAAUAAAGUUGCUUUUUAAUUUGAUUUUGAGUUCAAUAAAGAUGCUUUUAAAUUUGAUACUGGGUUCAA